GCCGUCUUUGCCCUCCCUCCCCUUCCCAUCCACCAUGUCCGUUGACGUCGAGUCCCCGCACUCCAAUCCGUCGACCGAUGGCCUGGGCUGUGGCCCGGCUGUGGCUCCGGCCGCGCGGGCUGGCGCUCCGGCCACUACCUCCUCCCGGCUCGCAGUCCUGGCGGACCACCUGGCGCGGCAGCUGGCCAGCGUGCAUGGGCGCCUGCCGGCCCCGGCUCAGGAGGCCCUUGCCAUCGCGCGCCAGCAUAUCACCCCACCGCUGGCUCGCAUUCAGCCAUACAUGCCUCUGCUGACCGGCCCCCUGAUACUGGUGACCCUGCUGAAUUUCCUGCUCCCCGGGGUGUGGCUCCUGCUACUUGUGUAUUUGCCGCUGCUGCUGGUCGGCUUCCUCGUCGGCGUCGUGGCUACCGCCGCAUGGCAGCGGCGCCGCGACAAUUACCUGGUGCUUGGUGGUGUGGAUGGCUUUGGGACCCAUACCUACCGGUCGUGGCCCUUCAGCAUCGUCGCCCUGUGGGGCUUGAUCUUGCCCUUCCGCGAGCGUGAGACCAGCAACCUCGAUACCAUGCUAAAUAGCAUGCCUUUCUCCGUGGCCUCCGAUCGGACCCCCUCUCCCGAUGACAUCCAGGGCCUCCUGGCUCCAAAGGUUCAACGGACUCUCAACAACCUCAUUCGGGACUUCGUCCAGUCCUGGUACCAGUACAUCAGCACGGACCAGGUGAUCCCACUCAAGGUCCGGUGUAUUUUGCACACGCUGCUGGAUUCCCUCUGGUCGCAUGGGAGCCGCGUCGACAUCGUGGACCUGAUCAUCAAGCGGACCAUUCCCAUCCUGACGAUGCAGCUGGCUCGGUUCCAGGAGGCGUCUGAGUUGGUCCGCCGGCACCAUGCCAACCAGUCGACCGAUCUUUCGGAGAACCCGCUCCUUGCGCGGCGGGUGCUGGAGAAGUUUGCCUCCGCCGGCGGCAUCCACCCCGCCCUUCGGGGAUACCUCCACCAUAGCCUGUCGGUGGCCACGCCGGUCGAGCGGUGGCCGUCGAAAGCCGAUCCCGGACACCCGGGCGUGGCCUAUGAGCUGGAAUACUUGCGCAUCAUGACGCAGCACAUCCUGUCGGACUCGCGCCUGGGCCUGGAGGUGUCGCACGGGCUCAUGCUCUUUGCUCGGGAGUUGCUGGCCAAUAUUGCCCUUCUGCCAGUGGUCAACCUGCUGUCGGAUCCGGAUUACAUCAACCAACACCUGGGGUACCAGGCUUUGCGGUUCCUGAACCAGUAUGAGUCGGCCAACAAGCUCAUCAAGAACAUGAGCCCCGAGGCGCUGAUCCAGCAGGGCGGAGCCGGGGCCGGUGGGGCUCUUGGCCCGGGGGGCGCCGGCGGAGCCCUCGGCGGCGGGGGCACCGGCGGCCCGAACAGCACCCCGCAAUCCUUCGAGUCCUUCCUCCAGAAGAUCAAAACCUCCACCACCAUCUUGGACCUUCGCGCCUAUCGGCAAAUGAUCAUCGCCCGGCUGCGCGAGCAGCAGAAUGACCACCAACGCUCGGGGUCGCGCUAUGCCCGGCAAUUGCAAUUCCUGCUGAAGAGCGUGGAGAAGCGCCUGAACGAGGUGACCGGCGUGUCGUAUAUCGACUCUUUUGCCCGGGUGCGCGAGCAGCUGGUCCGCCGACUGAAUGAGUCCCCCCUGCCGGAGGGCGGGUCCCUGGUGACCGAGCUCCCAUCGGCCGGGGCAUCGGGCAGCCGGCCGGAUGCUUCGCCAGCCGGGUCACCAGCCGACUGGUCCAUCUAUCGCCUGUUUGAUUCGCCGGUUGGGCGAUUCUACUUCAUGGCCUUCCUCGAGUCCCAAGGGCACUACUCUCUGUCGAGCCUGGUGGAUGCGCUGGCGCGUGCGCAUGCCCAGCGCCGGGCCUCUCGCACCGUCGGCCAGCCGCAGACCGAUGAUCUGGCCACGCGCGAGCUGCUCCCCAUCAUUUCUCGCCAUCUGCAAGCGGCCUCGCCGGAGCGCGUGGAUCUCGGCAACUCCUGGUUGCAGAUCCUCAUCGAUGCCUUCAUCGACCAGCAUCAGGAGGCCCUGUCGGCCGGGGCGUCGCGCGUCGGCUCGGCCCCCGAUGGUCUGCCGGUCGCGGGCUCGGCCACCGAGUCACCCGGUGUCGGCCUGUCGGCCGGCCCUGGAGCCGAGGGCGCCGGGCCCUCGGUCGAUGAGGCGCCCUCCGGCGCCGAGCAGCUCCUUCUGCAGAUCUACUCCUGUGUCUUGCAGAUGCUGGCUCGCUUCCAGAGCGAAUUCGAGGCCUCGCACUACUUUUACCAAUUGGCGCUUGACGACCAGUUGGAUCAGGAGUUCCCGCUCGGGGGCAUCGCCGCCGGGGGCGGGCUGCCGCCGGCCUUUGCCGGCUUCGACUCCGGGACCCUCCCCCGUGGAUCGGUGUCCGUGUCGCCGGAUGUCCUCCCAUUGGCUCUCGGGCUGGCGGCCCCUGCCGUCCUUCCCAUGACGACGGUGCUUCCACCGACUCCGACGACGGCCACCCCGCUGACGGUGUCGCCCGCGCCGGUGGCCGUCACCUCGUCGCCCCUUGCGCCGGCGGCCGACGCUCGGCCCCCAUCGCCCGAGGUGGCCGCCGACUCGCCCCCGGGCUUCCGCAAAACUUCCGGCUUCCCCCUGUCGCCCUCGAUCCCGGCCGAGGCAAGUGGCCAUGCCACCCUUGCGGACCUUUCGCAGGAGGCACCCCAGGCGGAGGACCCGGGCCCGAGCCCCGGUGACCCGGAAGAGCCGAAGGCAUCCGAGACCUCGGACUCGGGUGCCGGAUCGCCGCCGGCCUCCCUGCCGGCCAUCUCCGUGGCGGUGGACAGUGCCCCGGGGCCGGCUGCCCAGGCGCGCCUGCCCUCGCAAGCCGGCAGCCCGGGCGCCGGGCCUCUCGGAUCCAUCACCUCGCCGCUGAAGUCGGCUGUCACCUCGGACGAUCUGUUCCAGGGGAGCCAGGCCGGCUCGAUGUCCGACUUGACGGUGGCCUUCUCCGCCACCGAGUCGCACUACUCCGGCAGCAAUGGGGCCACCCCCACCUCGGGGGCUUUGGUCCCGCCGGACUGGUCCGACCCGGCGGUGGAUUCGCUCUCGCGAUCCCCCUCUGGCCAGACCUCGCACCAGCGGUCAUCCUCGGCCUCGAAUGGCGGCGGGCCGGCCGUCUCGACGGCGGCUCUUCGCCGGUCGACCUCCUUCUCGGCGAAGCUGACUUCGCUUUUCUCCUCGCCGGACCAGUUCACGCCGGCCGUGCCGUCGACCGGCAUCGGGGCCGGGGGUGGCUCGGCCAGCGGCUCGGCCGGGGCCCCGCCCCUGCCGCCCAAUGUCACCAUUCACCCCCGGAGCGGGUACAUCUCCUCCACGCCUGUGGCCAUCCCGCCCUCGGCCGCGGCGACGGCCUCGGCUGCGGCCGCGAAUACCGCCCACCGGCGGUCAGUCUCCUCGACAGCCGGGGGCUCCCUCGGCCCGGGGUCCGGGUCUUCGGCCACCGGUCCUCUGACGGCCAUCCUCAGUUCGCUGACCACGUCCAUGAGUUCCAGCAAUCUGGCCGACCUGUCGGCCAGCGCCCCGGCCGACCCCCUGGCUUCCUCGCCCACGGCCUUGGUGGCCAGUGCCCCGGUGGACACGCCGCCGGCCCUGCUCGGGGGCUCCGGCGCCGGGACCGGCUCCUCGACCGACGCCAUGGCAACGCUGCUUGCGGAGCCGGCUGGCGAUCUUCCCUCGGCCAUCCGGCCCGAGGAGGAUUCGGUCUUCCUGACGCAGGUCAUCUCCCUGCUGGAGUCGUGUCUACGCGAGGCGGCCACUGCCUCGGCCUCCGGGGCUGUGGUGACCGAUUCGCACCGGUCAACUGCCGGAGCCACUGCGGCCGCCGGCCCUGGCACCGCGCGGUAUGGGGCCCGUGUGGCCACGGAUAUGUUCAGCCCGGCGCGCAUGCGGCGGUCCCGCACCCCCGGCCGGCCGGCCACUCGUAGUGCCUCCUUCAAUGGGCCGGAUCCAAAUGCCGUGGAUCCGGCGCUGGCCGACUUGCAGCUGGCCUCGGCCGAUGGGGCUCUGCUGUUGGAGGAUGACGACGCGUCGUUCUCCUCCCAGGGUCCCGAGGUGCCCCCGCAUGCCGGCGCCACCAAGGCCGUUGCCCGGGACAGCGGCGACGAUGAUGGAUUCUGCCAUGUCCAUGCCAGCAACUCCGAAGCGGAGGAAUACGACGAGGAGGAGGAGGAGGAGGAUGCCGACGAGGAGGAUGACGAGAAUGACAUCAACUCGCCGACCUUCCUGCGAAACCUCCUGUCGCAGGUGGGCCAACUGGAUGCCGAGCUCGGUGACGCCCGGCUCAAGUUGACCGUCCUGGACUCGGCCCUUGCCAUGCUUGAUCGGUCCCAGGAGUCCGGGGCGCCGGUGUCGUCGGCGGCGGCGGCGGCCGCCGCGGCCGUGGCCGGCGCCGGGGCCACGGUGGCCGAAAGCCGGGCCGUGCUGAUGCAUGCCAAGAACAUGAUCCACGAGAAGUGCGCGGUGUACCUGUCCAAGUUGAGCUACUAUCAUAACAUGCUGCCGGGUGUGUGGACCGUGCGAAUUGUCGACGUCUUGACCAUGGCCUCGCCGCCGGUGGUCUUCUCCGGGAAUGACGGCGGCCCAGGGGCCUCGGGGGCCGGGUCCAGCACCUCGGCCGGCCAGCCCCAUGGCACGCCGGACUCCGGCGGCCUCUUCGCCCCGGCCCGUCGGGGGUACACCUGCUAUGCCAUCAUGGUGGGCCGGUCGAACCCGGAAUGCGGGUGGCUCAUUCAUCGGCGGUUCACCGAAUUCGAGCUGCUCCAUGCGCGCCUGCAGGCGGCAUCCUCGCAUGCGGCCGCCAGCCUCCCCUUCCCCAGCAAGCGCCUCAGCCUGCUGGCCUUCCGCAAUGAGGCAGCCAUCGUGGCCAAUCGGCGUGUCACCUUGGAGGAAUACCUGAAUGCGGCUCUCCGGCAUCCGGAGCUCCACAAGAACCCCUCGCUGCUGCGCUUCAUCAGCCUGAUCGAGCAGCCCCAAGCCGCCGCCAAUGGAUCUGCAGGUGGCUCUUCUCCCGCUCGCAGUCGGUCGCACUCGCGCCCGAGUGUGGCCGCCGGGGCCGGCACUUCGGCCAAGGCCCCGGCGGCCGGUCCGGCCGUGGGCCCGGCCCCAUCGGUCCCGGCACCGGCUCCCUCGCCGGCGGUCGGACCGGUGGCCGACAUUGACGCCUCGCGAACCAACAACAAGACCUUCCUGCAAAAUAUCGGGUCUCUGCUGUUUAACUCCACUUCGCCAUCCACGAGCCCAGCCGCCCCGACCAUGUCGCGCCCGGGUCCCCAGCCGGCGAGCGCUUUGGGAUCCGAGGCGGCCACCCUGGGCCUGGGUGCAGGCUCGCCGCCGGCUCAAGCGGCCACGGCCUCGUCGGCUCCCACCGGGGCCGCCGCUGCCGCCCCCGGCACCGGCGUCCCUGGCACCGGGCCCGGGGCCGCCUUUUCCAUCACCGAGUCCCCGACACUCGAUCCCCAGGGGCUGCCCUUCGAGCUGCCACCGCUGCCGGCUGUGGUACCCCCGGCUUCGGCGGUGGCGGCCGCGGCCGCGGCCGCCGGGCCAGCUGCUGCCCAGGCUGCCGGGUCUUUCGGCGGGUCGCCUCUGAUGCAGCCGCUGUUCAGCCUGCUGACGGUGUUGUUCCCGAUGGUCAGCCGCGCGCAGUCGCUCAAGCGCGGCGCCUUGCUCAUCUUCCUGCAGCAAAUCUUCGGUGGUGCCAUCGAGCGCAAACUCACGGAGAAUAUCCGCUGGAUGGUCCUGCCCGAUCAGAUCCUCUGGUACAUGGACACCUUCAUGAAUGCCUUCUGGCCGAAUGAUGUGUACAACGACAAGCCCAACAUCCGAACGCCGGAGCAGCGCUCCGAGACCAAGCUGACCACUCAGCACCACCUGCAUCAACUGUUCCCUCACAUGUUUGCCACGCUGGUUGGCGAGAAUGCCUCGCUUCAGGGCGCACAGCUGCUCUUCGACGCCUUCCAGAUUGAGCUGAUCAACCGCCACAUGGUGUACUCCCUGCUGGACGAGGUGAUUGAUGCGAUGUUCCCGGGAAUGCCGCGCACGGUGGCUGGCGAGCUCUCGGCUCGCUAUGCCUCCUUCCAGCAGCAGCAUCAGCAAGCUCAGGCCCAGGCCCAGGCUCAAGCCCAGGCCCAGGCUCAUCCUUAGUAUCGCCACACGAAGAAGGCGAAACGGGUGCCACACGGUCGCCGCCGGCGCGCCAACACCCCCGCCCCCCCCUC